CCAAGUUGAAUAUAGAUCAUAAGAAAGUUCAUCGGUUGUGUGAGCUUGCUCUUUGAUUCUGUCUUCGUACUUAACUGAGCUCUGUGUGUGCGUGUGCGUGUGUUCCGUGUAUGCGUUUGUGCGUGUCGGGUUGAGCUGUUUUUUUUGGGGGAAUUUCAGGUUUCUUUCUUUGAUGAGUUUUUUCAUUCGUGAGUUGAUCACCAUGUUGAUUUUGGUUUUUUUCGAUGUCCCGGUUUUUGCAAUGAGUGCAGGUAUUGGGGACUUAUCAUUUGCUGUUCGUUUCCCCCUUCUUUUCCGUGUGCAGCUUGGAGAGGUCAUGAAUUCGACGUCCACUCAGUUUGUGUCUUCUAGAAGGAUGGGGAUGUACGACCCCAUUCAUCAAAUGGGAAUGUGGGAGGAGAACUUCAAGCCGAAUGCAAAUCCUAAUGCGCCGGCAGCUCUGAUCAUACCGGUGCACGCGAGUUUGGACAACCAGUCGGAGGAUACUUCUCAUGGAUCACUGGAUACUCCUGGCAAGUAUGAGCAAGGAACCUCGAAACCUUCUGAUAAGGUGCAAAGACGUCUUGCACAAAACCGUGAGGCUGCGCGCAAAAGCCGUCUGCGGAAAAAGGCUUACGUUCAGCAGCUAGAAGCAAGUCGUUUGAAGCUUAUGCAGUUAGAACAAGAGCUUGAACGAGCUAGGCAACAGGGUCUGUAUACGGGUGCAGGAGUAGAUUCGGCUUAUCCAGGAUAUGGUGGAUCUUUAAAUGCAGGAAUCGUUGCAUUUGACAUGGAGUACGGGCACUGGAUUGAUGAACAAAACAGACAAAUAUGUGAGCUGAGGGCUGCUUUGAAUGCUCAUAGAAGUGAUGUAGAGCUUCGCAUCCUCGUGGAAAGUGGCAUGAACCAUUAUUCUCAACUUUUUCGCAUGAAAGCGGCUGCCUCAAAGGCCGAUGUUUUCUAUGUGAUGUCUGGAAUGUGGAGAACACCAUCGGAGCGAUUCUUCCUCUGGAUUGGGGGAUUUCGUCCUUCAGAACUUCUUAAGGUUCUCAUGCCUCAGCUCGACCCCUUGACAGAACAACAAUGGGCGUUUGUUUGCAACCUCAAACAAGCUUGUCAACAGGCUGAAGAUGCCCUAAAGCAGGGUCUGGAUAAGCUCCAGCACACUCUGGCCGAGGCCGUGGCCAGUGGUCAUCUCGGUGAAGGGAAUUACAUCCCGCAGGUGGCUGCCGCGAUGGAGAAAUUGGAAGCUCUGGUCAGCUUUGUGAAUCAGGCAGACCAUCUACGUCAGGAAACACUGCUGCAGAUGUCCCACAACCUAACAACACGGCAAGCUGCUCGGGGCCUGCUUGCCUUGGGGGAGUACUUCCAACGCCUCCGAGCUUUAAGUUCCCUUUGGGCUACUCGACCCCGUGAACCCGCUUAAAUUCACUUCAUCAAGUCGACAUGGAUAAUUUACAGGAUGAAAUCUCAUGUAGAGCCAUAAUAGGCAAGCCAAAGGUGCCGUUUUGCAUGUCAGCCAUAGACAUCGUGUAGAAAGUUUCUAAUGCCCAUCAUUUUUUUUUCUAGGCGGCGUCUGAAAAAUGAAGUUGUACAUACCAACAUUUAUCUUGGAGCUGUAAUCUCUUUUACCUUCUUUCGGGCGUGCUGUAGUUAAUGUAUCGGGUACUUCUUGAUUAGGUUUACGACAAUUGCUUUAUGAGCCAAGUUAAUCUGUACUUGAUAAGUUUGACAGAACAUAGUUGUGUAUAGAUGAGUUGUGCUGUGUAUUUUGCGCUGCUUA